GCAAGCGAUUGGCGGAGCUGCAUUUCAGGGCUUGCAGCAGCCAUUCUGGGCGUUACGCUAGCCUAGAAGUCGCAUCGCUCGUCCUGGACCAGAGCAAGGCAAAAAGCCGCGCGCUAGGACUCCCAGCAAGGCGCGCACGGCAAGUGCUCUCUGCAGCGACACACGCUGCGGCCACCGCUAACGCCAGCCGCGCGACAGCAGCAUGUCGGUAGAAGCGCGCGCCGCGGCGCUCGAGUUAGCGGAUGAAGUCCUAAGGGCGUUCCACGGCGACGCGUGCGCGCGCGUCGGCGCGCUGCUCCUUAAGCACGCGGACGGCCUGACGUUAAGAGAUCUGAGAAGGCGACUGCCGGACCAGCCCGACGUGGCCUCAGCAUUGGUAGCACUUCUCCAGCACGGCGAGGGCCGCGCGCGGCAUUCAUCAAUUGACGAGAGCCGCCCGCCUGUCUACUCGGUGGAUUUGCACGCGGUUUUGCGAAGGCCGCGCCAGGCCCGGGCGUUACGGGCGCUGCGACGGCAUACCCAAGCCGGUGCGAAGGUCGUCGAGGCGUGUUUGGAAGCGGGGUGCUGUUCUACACAAAAGCUCCGGGAGGUGGCCCAGGAAGAUGCUCUACUUACUCAGUUAGCGACUUAUGGCGUAUUAGCGAAGUGCGACGGCGUCGAGGAUUAUCGGGACGUGAACACGAAUACCUUAUUUGACGAGAAGAACCGGGACCUGCCGACGGAAACGGCCUCAAAAGCAAAGAGCCGCGCGGCGGCCAUGGGCCAAGCACUCCAUUCCGACGAUGGGUCGGUGUGGCGCUGCUCCCAUAGAGCCCUGAAAGCUUUGCUGAGACGAGAAGCGACGCUCGACGUCAUCGAAAAAAAACUCAACAAACGCAUGCGACGCGUCGCCGCCGCGUUGUGGGAUCUCGGCGCGGUGCGGGCCGUACCGAUCACGCCGGCGCCGGACCCGGAAGACGACGCGGACCAGAGAGAGGAAAGGGAGAAUUCGUACGUUUUGAAGUAUGCGGCAAAAGUAGCAGACGUCGAGGCGUUAAUAAGACGAAGGCACGGCGACGCGGCGGCCAAAAAGGUCGGCCAGGAUCUUGAAUUAUUGCAGGGCGACCACAUACGUGUUGUAAGUUCGCAGCGGCAGAAGUACGGCCGGGGUGAAAGCCAGGAGACCUACUUGUUGGAGCCGGAGCGGUGUAGGGCUUAUAUUAGGUCGGAGACGGUCAGAGCGCUCGUGAAGCAGAAGCUCGAUUCAGAUGCGGCUAGACUACAUAGAGCGCUGUCGGAGCACGAGCAUUUGGCCGAGAGCGACAUUGCGGAACGGGCCUUAUUACCGCCGAAGGAUGCCAGGACGAAGCUCUACGCGUUGUUCCAUUUAGGAUUUGCGAGGCACGUCGAAUUACCGAGGCAAGCGGACCGGCCCGGCGGUGCCAUACAACUGUGGAAGGCCGAUUGUGAGAGGAGCCGCGUCGUGGUGUUGGCUGAUACGCGGCGAGCCUUGGCCCGGUUACUGAAAAGGAGGCGCUUCGAAUGUGAAAAAGACGAGGGCCUCGACCCUUUUUCUUUGGACGACGCGCGGGCCGCCGACCCGCGGAAGCGCGAGCGGCUGCGAGGUCGGUUGGAUCGGUUGGACCGGGCGAUCCUGCAGCUCGACGAGGCCUGCGAGCUGUUCGAGGACGACGAUGUCGCGGCGCGGCUGCCGGACAACGACGACGGCGACUUUGAAUGGCGCGAGACAACUUGACGACGACGAGGGUAAGUAUAGCUAGGAAUGU